UUGCACACUCGCCUAAUGUUCUGUAUACAACAGUGUACAGUUGCACAGUACUUAGCAUCUUUAGUGAACACCAAUAGCAGUCAAUUCCUAAUUGACACUAUCAACGUCUCUCCUACCCUCGCAUGUUUCUCUUCACAGGAUCACCCAACAGUGAAGGCUAAAGCGCACCUCACUCAGGCUGGGGACGCGGAGGCUCUGAGGAAAGCAAUGAAAGGACUGGGCACAGAUGAAGAUACCAUUGUUGAUGUCCUCACCUCUUGCAACAGUGAUCAGCGGCAGCUUCUCUACCAGCAGUACAACAGAGCCUACGACAGGGACCUAACAAAGGAUUUGAAGAAGGAACUAAGUGGUAACUUGGAAGAUAUCAUCAUGGCUCUAAUGACUUCUCAUAAAGACUACCUGGCCCAGGAACUGCAUCAUGCAUGCAAGAAAAAGAAUGGAAGAGUCAUCGUGGAGAUCCUUUGUACUGCGGAUAACUCUCUCAUUAAGUCAAUAAAGUCCUCGUACGAGCGGUUGUUCGACACCAGCCUGGAAGAGUCUCUGACAAAAGCCACUUCAGACGUAUUUGAAGAAGUGAUGCUGAAAGUGGUGGAGGCGAAGAGAAGCGCUCUCAUUAACGAACAGCUUGCUCACAGCAUCGCCAAAGAUCUGUACAAUGAUGGUAAGGAUCUUGACGAAGCUGAGGUAGUGAAGGCUCUAAGCUCUUAUUCGUACGAGGAGCUACGUAGCGCCUUCGUAGAGUACUACAAGCUGGCUGGCAGGACCCUGGGAGAGACUUUUGACAGCCAGUACACUGGCAGCACCAGGACAAACAUGAGAGCCUUGUUCGACUGCCUGGAAAAUAGAGCAGAGUUUUUCGCACAGUCUUUCCACAAAGCCUUGGCAGGCCCAGGCACAAAAGACGAAGAUCUUAUCCGUCUCAUAGUGUCUCGCUGUGAGGUGGAUCUGGGCAAUAUAAAAGAAGAGUACCAUAAAGUGUAUAGUAAGAGUCUGGCGGAAGAUGUCAAGGCUGAUACUUCAGGGGCGUACAGGAAAGCUGCCCUCGCUCUACUUGACUAGCCAGUAAUGUAUCCACAGAUGGCAGUACACUUCCUGUGGCUAACACGCUUGCAAGUGUUAGCGUCCUCAUUUAUAACUUGGCAUUAACUUCAAAGCUGUUAUGUAUCCUCUUGUGUAACAAUAAAAAUAUGAAGGCACGUUAA